AUGAUUGUAAGGGACAGUUUGGCUAGGGAUGAUCCUGUCUCAGCUGAGAAGAACAAAAUGCCUGCUGGUUACAAACCUUCACCGUUUGAUAAAAAAAUCCUCAUGUGGGCAGGACACUUCAAGGCUGAAGAGGAUAUUCCUCCAAGGGUCCCGCAUGAAAUGCUGGAUUUUGCAAGAAGUAAAGCUCGAGUAAGAGUCUGUUGCAUCAUGAUUGGACUUACAAUUGUAGCCUGCUUAGCUACAAUUGCAUCUGCUAAAAGAGCUACUGAACACCAGGAGUCCUUAAUAAGCGGGAGACUAGCCAAGAAAGCCAAAUGGCAUGAAGAGGCUGCAAGAGCAGCAGAGUCAAAGGCUAAAUAAUCUUUAAAACUUGUGCGGCUGCUUGUAGGAGCAAACUUUAAAAAACCUGAACAAUUCCUUUGUAUUAGCAAUUUUCUCCAUUAAUGAGACCGCUGUAUUAAUAAAACUGAUAAAUUAAAGCGCACAUAAAGUUGCAUAGGAGCAUGCAGUUUCUUUCCUUGUUACACAAAGAUGUUUUAAAUACUUACAACAUAUGGCCAAGGUCAGUUCAAGUGUGGAAAAUUCUAAUAAUUUUAGUUUCAAUAAGCUUUAUCUAUUUUCCUGCUUAGAUAAAAUGUUAAUUGCCUACAGAGAUGGCACAGGGGGUCCAAGAUGUCAUUGCCUCUGCUCUGAACAUUUCUUUGAUUCUGACCCUUGCU